UUGAGUUUUGGUAGUGCUGGUGAUAACAUUUGUCGAGUGUUCGGAACAAAUUAGUUCAACGUUUCAAUUUCUCUGUUCAAAUUAUUUGCUGCACCAAGUGGUGGUGAAUGUAUAAAAAAUAUAAUAAAAAUUGUGUUUAAUUAAUAAGCGGUUCUAAGACGUUCUUAGCAUACUCGACAUGCGUUAAUAAACCAGCUGAAAUCAAUAUAAUUUAAUUUCCGAGUACAAAUAUUCCCAGAACUAUUACAAAAAUGGCAGCAACCGCUCCCAAUCGCAUUUUAUUUUUGUUAAUUAUUUUGUUUGACACUUGGUGCCUUGGAACUUUGGCUCAACAAGAAAGUUCUCUAUGUUCGAACGAUACAGCAGUGUGCACCAAGAUCCAAAACUGUCGAAUAAAGUUUAAAAGAGGUUUGACGAUUUGUGAUUACAGGAAUAAUGAAACCUUUAUUUGCUGUCCGUGGACACAAAGAGUCAAUGUGCCAAUGUCAGGUGAAUUACAACAAUGGCCAUCGACUAGAAAAUUCAGAUUUAGAAUUUUUAUAAGGUCUUUCGAACGUCCAACUAAUCGUGCAUGUAAAAAAAUCGAACAAGGGUUAGAUAAUAAAAUAUAUAAGAUUCGACCACGUAUAAGUGGAGGAAUAGCCACCAGUUAUGCUGAGUAUCCCCAUAUGGCCGGAAUUAUGUACGCUUCAAAUAUGUUGAGAUGUGGUGGCAGCUUAAUUGAUAAGCGUUUUGUGCUCACAGCUGCGCAUUGCGCAAACCCCGAAAAUGAUACAGCAGUACAGGUUGUUUUGGGCGUAAAUGACUUUAAUGAUGCAACACAGACAGAAACUCGACAGGAUAUAAAUAUCAAAAAAAUUCAUGUUCAUCCAAACUACGAUGUUUUUGGUUUAUACAAUGAUAUUGCGGUAAUUGAAUUGGACAGAGAUGCCGUAUUCAAUCAGAACGUGUAUCCGACUUGUCUAUCAACGGAUCAAAGUGAAUUGCCCAAAGAUGUUGAUCUAGUUGUGACUGGUUGGGGGCUAACUGAAUAUAAUAAGACUUCCAGUAUUUUAUUAGCGACCAAUUUGAGUUACACAUCCCUUCAAUCAUGUGGUAACAGUUACGCUAAGGCCAAUGAUGGCCGCUUGUAUCAUGACAUCGUUGAUACACAGCUAUGUGCGUAUUCACCAGGUAGAGAUGCAUGUGGCGGUGACUCUGGCGGUCCGUUACAUAUCGUUAAAGAUAAAAGCAUAAAUAAUUACAGAGUAGUGGGUGUAGUUUCAUUCGGAACUGAAUGUGGUUGUCCGCUACCUGGCGUAUAUACUAGAGUGUCAAAAUAUUUAGAUUUUAUCGAAGCCGUUGUAUGGCCUGAGUUGUGUUAUCAAUUCAACCGAAAUCAAUGUGUGUUCGAGAAGAAAAGAAAAUAUUGCACUGAUAACGAAGUACUCGUACACGACAUAUUAUGCGUAUUGCAUUGCCACGAAUUCGCACGAACAGGAAGACCACGCAAAAUAAAGCUUUUCGAAAAUAACAUUGCACUUGAUGCAAUUACACUGGCGUUAGUAAUACUACACAUACAUAUAAAAUAUAAUAUUCAAAGUCUUCAAAGAAUUAUAAUAAAAAUGUGCGCAACUGUUCUCAAUCGGUUUUUAAUUUUGUUAAUUAUUUGCUUUGGCAAUUGGUGCUUAGCAGAUUUGAAACUAGAAGUGAACGAUGCAUGCGCCACACAACAUUACCAAGGCACUUGCAUAAGCACCUCCAAGUGUUCGCACAUUAGUGAAUUUAUGGAUAAUUUGGGUCUCAAAAGCACAGAUGUGAUGAGUUGCGGCUAUGAUAUAAAGGAGGAAGUGAUUUGCUGUCCCCCCGAGAAGAGCUUAGUACGUAGCGCUAAUCGACCAGCCGAGCAUGCUUGUGAGAAGAUUGAGAGUCGCCUAAUAACGCAUGGCAUCAUAUAUGAUAGCAGAGCUCAAAGGAGAUACCCAUAUAUGGCUUAUAUUGUUUACAAUGUAACUGGACAUAUUUGCGGUGGUACAGUAAUUCACAAAAACUUUAUACUGACUGCAGCACAUUGCUUAGAUUUACCAGAAGUAAUGCCUACAAAAGUCAUUUUGGGCGUUAGUAAUCUCAACAGGUUUGAAGAUGAGGGAAUCGAAGUAGAUGUAAAAAAUAUUCAUAUAUAUCAGAAUUACUCAGCCUUCACCAAAUACGAUGAUAUCGGUUUAAUUGAAUUGGUUGAAUAUGACGAUUUUCAAGGUAAAGUAAAUCCUGCCUGUUUGUACACAGAACCAACGGAAUUAUUCAAUGGCACCGAACUAACGGUAACCGGUUGGGGAAGUACCGAAAAAGAUCUUCAUUCCACUCAACUAAUGAUGACCAAAUUGAUGUACAUACCGCUUUCGCAGUGCAACGCUAGUUAUGCAAAUUAUAUUGACCGUCGUAUUCCCAGAGGUAUUUUGGAUUCGCAAUUGUGUGCUUACGCACCGGGUAGAGAUAUCUGUGGCGGCGACUCAGGUGGUGGUGUGGUCAUAAUUGAUAAUGACAAAUACAAAGUGGUUGGCAUAGUAUCGGCUAGUAUUAAUUGUGGUGCGAAUUUACCGAGCUUACAUACCAGAGUUGCUAAAUAUUUGGACUAUAUUGAAGGCAUUAUUUGGCCUAAUGGUUAUGACAUCUCUUCCGUGCAAACUCCACCUAAAAAUUUGGAUCCGUCACCUGUGGAGAGUAGUACGGAAGGCAUACAAAUAGGUUCACAUACGCGCAAUGUCGUUGACAACAACAAAUUAGACGCAUUAAUACAAGAAAUAUUUGGUAAAAAUGCGCCGGCUGAGAAUGAAACUGAGACCAAUCAUAGAAACAAGGCGUCGGCUACAGAUGCAAAUGAAAAAUAUAUUAAAUUCUAUUAUAAAAUCUGGCCGGGACAUGCACUUGGAUCAACGACGACAACGACUGUUAAGCCAGGUCAAGUUCUAUCUAGGAAUGCAGACUUAAGAUUACAUGAUAUAUUUAGUCUUGGAAACGCUAACAACGCUUGCGAGACGCGGCACUACAAAGGCGUUUGCAAGCCAAGACUACAAUGCACACAUUUGGCCCAAAGUUUGACGGAUAUGCGUUUACAGGAUAAUGAUGUGCCACUUUGCGGACGAGAAGAUAUGAUUUGCUGUCCCAAUACUGUGCGACCCGCUGUUCGUGCAUGCCGUGCCAUUGAACGUGGAUUGCCGCCUUUUCAAGAAGAACAUAUUAUCGGUGGGGACAAAGUGUCCAUCUUGCAUUAUCCUCAUAUGGCCAAAAUUGUGUAUGAGCGAAGCAACUUUGUCUGUGGUGGUACAUUGAUCCAUGAGCGUUUUGUGUUGACAGCAGCGCAUUGUGUUAUCGUAAGAGGUACAAACGCUUCAAAAGUCAUUAUGGGCGUGGCUGAUUUAACUGACACCAAAUCGCGCUCUCGGCAAGAGAUAGAUAUUGAGACGACGUUUGAACAUCCGCGAUAUUCAAGUUUUUCCAAAUAUUUCGAUAUCGCUUUGAUUAAAUUGAAGAAAAAUGUCACAUUUAGUCUAGCGGUGUAUCCAACGUGUUUGCAUACAGAUCCCACAGAGUUACCUGAUGGCGUUGAACUAACUGCAGCUGGUUGGGGACUCACUGAAAAGCAGGUUACAUCAGAGCACUUAAUGGCGGUGCAAUUGAAUAAAGUGCCGCAUGCAGAAUGUAAUCAAAGUUAUGCAUAUCACAUUGAUCGUCAUCUAAAACAUGGCAUUGACGAUACACAACUAAGAUCUGUUUCUGAAGAUUUGUAUUUCAUACGCAUAACGAUAACUAUGUUGAAAGAACACGCUCGACUUUAUAUUUUUCUCAUAAUAUGCGGUCUCGGCGCUACACAAGACUACGAGGAGGGCGAUUUUUGCGACUUUGCGGGCUACAACGGAACGUGCUUGGCAAUCAGCAAUUGCUUUAACUUGCAGUCCUUGGCACAAGCGCUGAACUUAGGGCCACAUCAAAUAGGCCGCUGUGGUUUUUUGGUGCUUGAAGAAAUGAUUUGUUGUCCAACUGUACCGGUAGUGCAAACUCCACCUAAAAAUUUGGAUCCGUCACCUGUGGAGAGUAGUACGGAAGGCAUACAAAUAGGUUCAAAUGCUCACAAUGUAACAGACAUCAGCAAAUUAGACGCAUUACUUGGAGAAAUAUUUGGUAAAAAUGCGUCGGCUGUGAAUGAAGAUGUGACUGAGAUAAUUACGGAAGGCAGACGAAGAGCUUCAAAUGACAACAAAAAAUUAAAUGCAUUAAUUGAAGAAAUAUUUGGUAAAAAUGCGUCGGCUGAGAAUGAAAAUGAGAACAAAAAUAGAGACAUGGUGUCGGUCACAAAUGCAAAUGAUAAAUUUUUGCAAUUAUUUAAUAAAAAGCCGCAACAUCCGGAUAUUUCAGACGGCAGUGUACACACGACCAGUGUGGGGCAGAGAUUACAAAGUAUACCCAUUGAGGGUGAACGUAGGCCUGUUGGAGUUUUUAAUGGCCAGCAAGUGCCACCUAUUGUGGCUGCACUUGGAACAACGACUGUUAAGCCAGGUCAAGUGCCGCCUGAGGAUUUAAAAGCAAUAUUAAAUGAUAUAUUUCAUAAUGGGAAUCGACUGGGAAAUGACAAAGAUAAUGAAAAUGCUAACACCGCUUGCGAGACGCGGCACUACAAAGGUGUUUGCAAGCCAAGACUACAAUGCACACAUUUGGCCCAAAGUUUGACGGAUAUGCGUUUAAAGGAUAAUGAUGUGCCACUUUGCGGACGAGAAGAUAUGAUUUGCUGUCCCAAUCUUGAGCGACCCUCUGUUCGUGCAUGCCGUGCCAUUGAACGUAGAUUAUCACCUUUUCAAGGAGAACAUAUUUUCGGUGGACACAAAGUGUCCGUCAUGCAGUAUCCUCAUAUGGCUAAAAUUGUGUAUGAUCAAAACGAAUAUGUCUGUGGUGGUACCUUGAUCCAUGAGCGUUUUGUGUUGACGGCAGCGCAUUGUGUCAUCGUAAGAGGUACAAAACCUUUAAAAGUCAUUAUGGGCGUGGCUGAUUUAACUGACACAAAAUCGCGCUCUCGCCAAGAGAUUGAUAUUGAGGCUACGUUUGACCAUAGGCAAUAUUCAGGUUUCUCCAAAUAUUUCGAUAUCGCUUUGAUUAAAUUGGUUAAAGAUAUCAAAUUUAGUCAAACCGUGUAUCCAACGUGUUUGCAUACCGAUCCCACAGAGUUACCUGAUGGCGUUGAACUAACUGCGGUUGGUUGGGGACGCACCGAAAAUCAAUCUACUUCAGCGCACUUAAUGGCGGUGCAAUUGAAUAAAGUGCCGCAUGCAGAAUGUAAUCAAAGUUAUGCAAAUCGCAUUGAUCAUAAUCUAGAUCAUGGCAUUGACGAUACUCAGCUGUGUGCUCUUGCACCCGGGAAGGAUACCUGUAGCGGUGAUUCUGGUGGUCCAUUACUUUUAGUUAAAAAUGCAACCUAUAACAACUACAGAAUUGUUGGAGUCGUUUCCUUUGGUGACCUAAUGUGUGGUCACACCACACCAGGUGUAUACACUAAGGUGUCGGCGUUUUUGGAUUUCAUUGAAGACAUUGUAUGGCCAGAGGCACUACGCAAACAAUAAU